AUGGCUUUCAUCUUCAAGACGGCUGUACGAUCUGUAGGGCUUUCACUGUCACUGCUGGGAUGGGUUCUAGCCAUUAUCGCAACGUAUCUGCCCCACUGGAAGAACCUCAACCUGGAGCUGAACGAGAUGGAAAACUGGACCAUGGGGCUCUGGAAAUCCUGCGUCAUCCAGGAGGAGGUGGGGAGACAAUGCAAGGACUUCGACUCCUUCCUGGCCCUGCCAGCUGAGCUGCAGACCUCCAGGGUCUUGAUGUCCCUGUCCAACGGGCUGGGGCUGCUGGGGCUGCUGGGCUCUGGCUGUGGCCUGGACUGCUUGAGGCUUGGAGAGACCCAGAAGGGCCUGAAGAGGCGGCUGCUCAUCGCGGGAGGGGUCCUGCUCUGGACGUCGGGAGUGCUGGUUCUGGUGCCUGUGUCCUGGGUAGCCCACAGGACAGUUCAGGAGUUCUGGGAUGAGACCGUGCCUGAGAUUGUGCCCAGGUGGGAGUUUGGGGAGGCCCUGUUCCUUGGCUGGUUUGCUGGCUUCUGCCUGGUGUUAGGAGGGUGUCUGCUUCACUGUGCAGCCUGCUCCAGCCCAGCUCCCCCAGCCUCGGGACACUAUGCAGUGGCAGGACUGCAGGACCAUGGAACCACGGCCUAAAGUGUAAGCUGUCAGCAGGGCUGAGCCAUAU